UGAUUGCAGAGACUCCGAAAUGUCAGAAAUUAUAUGAUACUACUACUGAUAUGUUGUCAACAAAAAUUUAUAUUUUCUUCAUCCCAAUUUGUUGAUCACCCACGAAGAUGUACAUAUCUUCAUUUAAUUCUGAAUCUGAAAAUCCAAAAUUCAAAGUUCAGUUAGUGUAUCUUAAAAUUUUGGUACAGCUAUCGUUUAUAUAAGCAAUUGACAGAAUAAUAUCUACAUAUAUGAAGAUUUAAUUUUUAAUCUUAAAAUUAAAUUGACUGAAAGAGAAAGAGAGGUGAAUCUCUUUUUUCAACAUGGAUAUUACUUUGGAUGACAAGCUUGGAGCUUUCCAACAAAUUAGUCAGCGAAAGCUGAUUGAAAUUUUGGAUGUGAUUGCUGGCAAAAAGGAUUUGAUAAUAGAGCAAAAGUUGAUGAAAUUGUUGGAUUGCUUUGUGGGAGUUACAGUAUUAAGGAGAUAUGGAGUGGAGAAAAUUUUUAAACUAGAACAAGGACUGAAGCCGGCUAAUGUUCAGCGUAUUUUUAUAGUUUCAUGUGACUUGAUAGCUUGUAAAAGAGUUUUGGAUCAAAUUCAAGCAGAAGUCUCCCAAUCUCAUGGACUCUCUCAUCAUAUGUUGGUAGUUCCACUCGUUCCAAUCGCCUUACGAUCUCUAGUAGAAGAAGAAGGACUCGCAGGUCAGAUAAACCUACGUUCACUCUCCUGGGAGUUCAUUUUAUUUGAUGGCAACGUCCUGUCAAUGGAAAUUCCGAUGUUCGGCGACCUGUACUAUCACAAAGACACUGGUCUCCUUCCUGCCUUGGCUCGAAAUCUCUGGUCCUUGAAGUUAAUCCUAGGCGCUCCCAGAUUGACUCUCAGCAUCGGCAAGUACAGCCAACAGACCUUGAAGAUGGUGAAAUCUAUAGAAGAGUCUUUCGGAUCCCCUGGUGGCGAAAACGAGACCGGAGCCCUGAUCGUGAUGGACAGGUCUUUCGACCUGGCGUCUACUCUCCUAACAUCCGUGACCUACUUGGGUCUCCUGAGUGAAGUUGUGGACAUCAACAGUGGGACAGCGACCCUGGGAGGCUCGCAGACGAAGCUCGACCCUAACAAGGAUCAUGUCUACGGAGAUGUGAGGGACAGACAUUUUAGCGACGCUUUUCCCACAUUGCGAGCCAAGGCUAAGUUACUCAAAUAUGACCAUCCUCUACGAAGUCUUCGUCUCCUUUCUUUACUUUCAAUUACCAGCGACGGAGUAACUCGCAGCGAAACGCAAACAAUCCAGCAAUCUCACCUCCACGCACACGGGUACCAAAACAUACCUUUAUUUUACAAACUCGAGAGUGUCAAUCUCUUGAAAUACAGAACAGACAAUGUCCUUAACAAACUUCCCAAUUGGACGAGUAAAUGGAUGACAAACGCAAAGCGACUCAAGCUGUUUCCAAGUGCAUCGAAAGCUCUCGAUCUGAAAGGGCCUACCUGUCCUAGUUACGUUUUUAGUGGUGUUUACAUCCCAGCGAUUGCACAAAUUAUAAACAACGUGGCGACUCAAUCCGAUCCAAAGAGCUUCGAGGACUUGACAAAUUUACCAGAAUGCAUAAUCAUCGGAGGACAAGGCCCAAUAACUCCAAAGGUAGUUGUAAUUUGUAUAAUAGGCGGCAUCACUUAUGCCGAAAUUUCUGCCUGUCGACUUGUUGAAAAGUCAGCAGGAAUUCGCCUCGUUAUGGUCUCAGACAGUAUCAUAACUGGCAAUAAAUUAAUCGAAAGUGUACAAAAUGCCUGAUUCAUUUUGAAAAGUGACUUUUGUAUGUAUUUUAAAAUCAUCUUAGAUAUAAAAUUAGAUAAAAACUCAUCUCAAUCUCAGCCACGAGUGAUUUUUUCUACCAUUUUUUUUUUUAAUUUUGAGUAUGUACUUUUCUAUGUGUUCACUGAAUAGAAAAACGGAGUGUUUUUUUUCUUCUUAUUAUUAUUUUACAGAUUGAAUGUAAAUACAUUAUUAACGAAUAAAAUGAUACCA